AUCUCGCUCCUCCUCUGUCUCGGGAUCGCUGAUCAGUUCUUACCAACAGGUCAACAUGGAUCCUACAUAUCAAAGAGAAACGGCUUACAGAUGCCAUCAUGUUCAUGUUCGUUCGGUGACUCAAUCAUUUCCUUCUCGUGCACUGUCCUUCAUAGAAGACUCGACUCAAGAAAGGCAUCUUUCACGUGUUAAGGGUUCUGAGUGCGAGAGUGCGCAUUCAAAUUCCCGGAAAAAUUUGCACAUAUCCGCACAUCUGAUGGAGGAAUUCCUUGAACUCGCCAAGGAAAACACGGAUAAGGAUCUGGAAACCUGUGGCGUCCUUGGUGCUUUCCUUGAUAAGGGCAUUCUAUAUGUGACAACUUUGAUCAUACCCAAACAGGAAUCAACUUCCAAUUCAUGUCUGGCUAAGAAUGAGGAGGAAGUUUUUGCAAUACAACAUGAACACUCGCUGAUUCCGGUUGGAUGGAUCCAUACACACCCGUCUCAGAGCUGUUUCUUGUCAUCGAUUGACUUGCACACUCAGUAUUCAUAUCAGGUCAUGGAACCUGAAGCAUUUGCAAUUGUUGUGGCUCCAACUGAUGCAUCAAGGAACUACGGCAUAUUCCGGCUAUCCGAACCUGGUGGGAUGAACGUCCUGAGAGAGUGCCGAGAAACGGGAUUUCACACUCACAGGGAAACUGCCGAUGGAGCGCCUAUCUAUGAGCACUGCGCUAAUGUCUACACAAACUCGAAUCUGAGAUUCGAAGUUUUCGACUUGCGAUAAUGAAGCAUCGCCGACGAGGUCAACCGAACCAGCGAGCCAGCUAGCAGGUGCUGUCAAGCAGGAAAGUAUUAGGAAAUGUUCCUAGAAUGCAUGGCCAGCAGAUCUGGGCCAGUACGUUCGUACGUUCUUGUGCUUCGCUCCUUGGGCGAGCAGUGGAAACAACGAAGUAUCCUCGUGGUCAAUGAAAUUCAGCUGUACUUUAUCGAUGCUUGUUGCUCUGUAACUCUUUAACUCUAUUCAGGAAUAAACAUGAGUUGAUUGUCUUAUUUUCGCUUU